UACCUGAUAAUGAUGAUUUCUGUUGUUUUAUUAUUUGCCGAUUUGAAAAUGAAGUUUCUUGAUUGGUACUUGAAGAUUGGGUUUGUAUCUGCUUUGGUUGGGGCUUCUAUGGAGGUGUUCAUGAUCAAAACUGGCUUCUAUGACAAAGUAACUGUUUUGGAGUCAGAAAAGCGUGCCUGGGAGAAUUCCCCGGAUGCUCAGGCAAUUAGAGAAGCUCUCAACCCCUGGAGACAUAUUGAUGCCGAAGAAACAAAAAAGUCCUGACUCAAAUCGUUGAAAAAUUGCAGAGGAUCUUGGUCCCCAGCCAUCAUCUGUGAUGUGUAGCCCGUCUCCAAAUGUAAAGUAUGCAAGCACUUGCAGAGUUGCAUGUCUAGCCACCAUCUGGCCUCUGACUGAUGACAUACUGAACUUAUACUGAUUCGUUCCUCAUCUGCAACGUGCCAUCUGUUUUGCUUAGGCUUAAAUCCAAAAUUUGAUCAAUUGCGCCAUUUUGUUACUUUGUCAAAUGUUGCCCCGUGGAUCUUGACUGAUGCAUGCUGGAUUUUAUUCGCUUUUUUGAGGAUUUUUUUUUUUCGUGGUUAAUCUAGUAGUUAAGAAC